CAUCUGACCGAAAUUAAUCCUCCCUUUAAAAUCAUGGAAGCUGUAAACGAGCCAGGAAUUUUAAAUGAAGGGUGUAUCCUGGAAACAGCCUUUCAGAGAGCUCACAACAGCUGGAAGGACCAGACAAUGAAGUUAAGCCCUAUGCAGUUUCCUUCGGAUUGGGAAGAAACUCUGAAUGAUGUUGACGAGCUGAUUCAGUCCGAGCUAGGAUGCUCACUGUCACGCCUUUCUCCGUAUGAUUCAGUGCAUCUUUCAGGCAAAUUUGAAUUGCUAGAGAACUACGCGCAGUGUGAGACCAAGACGAGCUCGAGCGAACUCUUGAAAUGGAAUCUCUCAGGGAAUGUGAAUAAAGUAGUUAAUGCAGCCAAGGACUCUAGAACUGUGAACAACAACUAUGAAGAAAGAGUGGAAGUGGAAAUUGUGGAUCUCAAGGAUGUUUAUGAAAAGAAAACUAAGAAAGGACCCAAAGGCCUGGAAUAUCGCCUUGAAAACUCCAAAGUAACGGUAAAGGUGCAUGCCGACCUGGGAAUCACUAAAGUAUGUGCAUAAGUAAAGAGGAGUGCCAGAGCUGCCAUGAGAACCCACGACAAUAGAGGUGCCGUUGAACUUACAGUCAGUAUUUUGGAAAAGGAGAAGAAGCGACAAAUUAUUUCUGUAGAUCUCGGUUCAGUUUACAAGAACCAAGCGGGAGACAACUUCUAUUGGUUGGAGAAGGCGGAUGUCACUGAGCGGAACAAAUGGGAAGUAACUCUCAAGAUAGAUUUAAUUUCUGGACUGACAGCCAGUGUGACAUCCAGACCAUUUCGAGUAACGACGAAAGUGAACUACAAGA